CCAUAAAUGCGAUUGCACCCUCUCUAUACGCUCUGCAAUAACUCCUCCCCCUCCCACAUCUUCAUCCCUCUCUUCCCUUUCCCUUCUUCCCUCUCUCUCCCCAUCUUUGAUUCUAUAUCCUCUUUUUCCUCGUACGUUUCUUUCUCUCUCAUUCUCAUCUCACUAUUCUUCUCAAGUUCUUUUCACAAAAGAGGUCUCGGUCAAUACCGCCUUGAAUCCUCCUUUUUGCCUCCAACAAGUGGUUUUCCGAUGACCCUUUAGUCUCAAAACCAGAUCUGAGCCUUCUCUCAUUUGACUUAUCAAAUAACUUCAAAAGAAGAGCUGUCUUGCUUUUGUAAGAGCUUUAGCACCAAGAGAUGGGAGGAAGAGAAAGGGUGGGGUUUGACUCAUCACCGUGAUUUCCGUGGGCUUUCUAAGUAAAACAACUUGUUUGAAAUUGGUGGUGUCAAAGACCAUUUCACACAGUGUGUAUGUGUGUGUGAGAGUCAACUCUUUCCAUCUAAUAUUUCUCAAUCUGGUCACGUUGAGACAGACUGGACAUAGAAUCUGGUUUGGAUUAAGCCCAAAACCGUAGUCAUUUCUAUCUGUUUUUUUCUUUUCUUUUUUCUUUUGUUUUUUUAGGUAAGUAUCUGGUUUGUUGUUACUUGUAAUCAUCUUAUUAGUUUGCUCAGACACUGCCAGAUAGGUAAGAGAAUCUAAUUAAACUCUCAACCCAUAACCUGUCUCUCACUCCAAGAGACCAAAACCAAAUUGAAAACCUCACCCAAGAGAGAGAAACUACUCUUUAGAGAGAGACUCUUUUUAGGGUUUGUCUGUGUGGGAGAUGUGCAACUUUUAGGGUUUUGGGUGAGUGAGGUAUGCCAGCUGAUGUAUUUCUACGGCGUCUGAGAUGCUCGAAAGCAAAGGAAAAUUUCUUGGAUUUGGUUUGUCUACAUAGCUAAUUCUCAAUCAGAUUAGAAAGCCAUAGCUUUGGAAACAAACCCCAAGUAUCAGUCAAUAUGUUUCAACCAAACAUGUUUGACAGUCACCGUCAUAUACUGGAUAUCACCCACAAAACACCGGAAAAUGAGAUAGAUAUGAUCAGAGACGAUGAAUUCGAGAGCAAAUCAGUCACUGAUAUCAUGGAAGCCCCCUCUGGUGACGAUCAAGAUCCGAACCAUCAAUCCAAAAAGAAGCGGUACCACCGGCACACACAGCAUCAAAUCCAGGAAAUGGAAGCUUUCUUUAAAGAAUGCCCUCACCCAGAUGAUAAGCAAAGGAAGGAUCUUGGCCGUCGAUUAGGGUUAGAGCCUUUGCAAAUUAAGUUUUGGUUCCAAAACAAACGCACACAGAUGAAGACUCAACAUGAACGCCAUGAGAACACUCAGCUGAGAACUGAGAACGAAAAGCUUCGUGCAGAUAACAUAAGGUACAAAGAAGCCCUGACUAAUGCUACUUGUCCCAACUGUGGAGGCCCUGCUUCUAUUGGCGAGAUGUCAUUCGAUGAGCAGCACUUGAGGAUAGAGAAUUCUCGCUUAAGAGAAGAGAUUGACAGGAUAUCUUCAAUUGCCGCGAAAUAUGUUGGUAAGCCUGUGCUUGGACAGACUCAUCUCUCUUCUCAUGGACCAUCGCGAUCACUUGAUCUUGGGGUCGCGAAUUUUGGCCUACAAUCAAGCAUGUUAGGAGAGAUGUAUGGAGCUGGUGAUCUUCUUAGGUCAGUAACUGGCCCUACUGAGGCAGACAAGCCAAUGAUCAUUGAGCUUGCUGUGGCUGCAAUGGAGGAAUUAAUCACUAUGACACAAGCAGGGGAGCCCUUAUGGAUGCGUAGCCCUGACAGCGCUACAGAGAGCUUAAGUGAGGAUGAGUACUUGAGGACAUUCCCGCGAGGACUCGGACCAAAGCCCUUGGGGUUAAAAUCUGAAGCUUCGCGGGAAUCUGCAAUUGUUAUAAUGAACCAUAUCAAUCUUGUGGAGAUUCUUAUGGAUGUGAAUCAAUGGUCAAAUGUGUUUUCUAGUAUUGUGUCAAGAGCAAUGACGUUGGAGGUCCUGUCAACUGGAGUAGCAGGGAACUACAAUGGAGCUUUCCAAGUGAUGACAGCAGAGUUCCAGGUCCCUACACCGCUUGUCCCAACUCGUGAAAACUAUUUCGUAAGGUACUGUAAGCAGCAUGCUGAUGGGACUUGGGCAGUGGUGGAUGCAUCCUUGGACAAUCUAUGCCCUAGUCCAAUGUCGCGAUGCAGAAGAAGGCCAUCCGGUUGCUUAAUUCAAGAACUGCCAAAUGGCUACUCAAAGGUCAUUUGGGUGGAACAUUUAGAAGUGGAUGAUAGAGCAGUUCAUAACAUAUACAGACAACUAGUAAACUCAGGUCUCGCCUUUGGGGCAAAGCGUUGGGUGGCUACAUUAGAUCGACAAUGUGAACGUCUUGCUAGUGUAAUGGCUAAUAACAUUCCAGGGGAUGUUGGAGUGAUAACAAAUUCAGAAGGGAGGAAGAGCAUGUUGAAGCUGGCUGAGAGGAUGGUGAUGAGCUUUUGCAGCGGCGUUGGUGCUUCUACUGCUCACACAUGGACAACAUUGUCAGGAAGUGGUGCCGAUGAUGUAAGGGUCAUGACCAGAAAGAGUAUGGAUGAUCCAGGCAGGCCUCCUGGUAUCGUGCUAAGCGCUGCAACUUCAUUCUGGAUACCGGUUCCACCUAAGAGAGUUUUUGAUUUUCUUCGCGAUGAGAACUCUCGAAGUGAGUGGGAUAUCCUUUCAAAUGGUGGCCUAAUUCAAGAAAUGGCGCAUAUUGCAAAUGGUCGCGAUCCAGGGAACUGUGUAUCUCUUCUGCGUGUCAAUAGUGCGAAUUCAAGCCAGAGCAACAUGCUGAUACUACAAGAGAGUUGCGUUGAUUCCACCGGCUCUUAUGUUAUAUAUGCUCCUGUUGACAUUGUGGCCAUGAAUGUGGUCUUAAGUGGUGGGGAUCCGGAUUACGUCGCCCUCCUGCCAUCGGGUUUUGCUAUACUUCCUGAUGGGCAGACUGGAAGUCACGGAGGGAAGAUUUUUGAGGUUGGGACUGGUGGAUCGCUGCUAACCGUUGCAUUUCAGAUCUUAGUUGAUUCAGUGCCAACGGCGAAGCUCUCUCUCGGAUCAGUGGCAACUGUUAACAGUCUCAUCAAGUGCACAGUUGAAAGGAUCAAAGGUGCCUUAUUGUGUGACAAUGCAUGACCAAGAAAUCUUAUAUAUGUGAGACAUGAAGGAAGAGAAGAGAAGAGAAGAGAAGAAGAAGGGUGGUUGUGUUUACUUUGGGAUGGAAAAUAAAGGGAAGAAGUCAAGAACGCACCUUAGGUAAGCCUUGCCUUUGUGGUGUUUGUUUGAGCAAAAAGUAGCAGCAAAGAAAGCAUUUCGACACCAUGCAAGGGGUAAAAUAGGUUCGGGUAUUGACUUUGAUAAUCAAUGAUGAAGUAAAUUAACCAAGACCUUUUCACAUAUAUGGAACAUUUUACUUUUGUUUUCCUUUCAAA